CAAAAAAUUUCAAAACAAACCGAAAUUACGCCAAAAAUCGCUUGAAUCCGGUCACUUGGAGCAAUCAACUUCGUCUCCAAAGAUGAUUCACGACAUUCUCUUAUCGCUCAUCAGUGCCGAUACGGAACCCUUGCCAAUUCUCGAGUUCACAAUUUCAGAGCUCUCGAGUAACUUUAUUCAUCCGGGAGAGGCCAAAAUUCUCGAGGAUAUUGUCAAAAUUGCCGGUCAGUACAAGGAUAUCCGGAAAUUCAUCACGAAAUACAAUGGAUCGUCGCCAGCCGGGUUGUCGCACAACGAAAACGCGAAUGGGAGUGUCGAGGAACCGUUGAGCAAGGGCUUGUAUUUGCAGGCGUUCUGCGAUGGCAUGGAUGCGUCGCUGGAAAAGUAUCGACAGCUGGUGAUUGAUUUGGAGAAGCGUUACUUGCGGGCACCAACGAACUCGUUGCUGUUCAUUUUUCAUCAAAUUGAUCGGUAUCAGCCGCUUUUGUGUUUUUUGUUGAAGCUCAUCAGUGGGAUUCGAUCACAGCGGUUGCAUGGAUGCAUGAUUUUGGAUUAUUUGCAGCGGAAUUCGCUUCAUGGGAAUAAGACUAUUUGUGAAGCUGUGCAAAUAAUCCAACGAUCAGUUUACGUCGUCUUCAUCAAACACUUGUAUCAAUGGCUCUUAUACGGGCGUUUCGUCGAUCCAUAUGGCGAAUUUUUCAUCCAGCACGUCGGCGACUCGAUUUCUCACACUUCCACUGUCAAUCAUUCGUCUUCGAUGAGCGCUCAAGCAGCGCACGACAGUCAUUCCAUCCAAGCAACGAUUGCUUCCGACACCAACAGCAUCAACACCGAGUUAUGGCGCUACGAGGUGGCAGUUUCGAUGCUUCCGUACUACUUUCCGUACACCUGGGCCGAAAAUGUCCUCAUGACUGGUCAAACUGUCCUCACUUUCAACUCGAACCCAAAAGAUAUGGCCAAAAAAUUGGAUUUUCUCGAUGACUCGAACGACAAACCGCUCGAACAUGCCUCGUUGUGGGGCGAUCAGGAGUACGAAAUCUUCCGAAAGUUCUAUGAGUUGCAAAAUGAGGAAGUAAUUAACGUCAGCAAGUUGGAACAGAUCGUAAAUGUGAUAAAAACGUGCGUUACGGAGCAUUUAUUUGUUAUUGCCAUGCACGAAGCGAACUUGAGUCACCAAAUGCGACUCAUCAAGGACUUUUACUUGCUGGGACGCGGCGAACUCUUCCACGAAUUUAUCAAAUACACGAAAACUUUGAUGUCCAAUCCGAUUAACGAGGCAUCCACGCGAGAUUUGAAUCGCGCUUUUAGCUCUGCCGGCAACAUGGUCGGCAUUUCGGAGGAUAUCGAGCAAUUUUCCAUGUAUGUGCCCAAAGAUAAUGCCAGUAGCUUCACCUACGAAGCCAAUAAUUACAUAAAUUUCAUCACACUCAAGUACAAAGUGAAAUUCCCCUUACAUCUGCUUUUCGCGCCCAAAGUUCUCGAUCGUUACAAUGAAAUGUUCCGAUUUUUGUUGAAAAUCAAAAAGACGCAGUUCGAUUUGGAGCAAGUUUGGACGCAUCAUCGCGAAAUUAAAUUCGAAUCCAACACGAAAAUCGUGCAAUUUCGCAAUAAAUUGCUCUUUUUGAUCGAUAAUUUGCAGUAUUAUUUGCAAGUGGACGUCCUCGAAAGUCAGUUUAGUAUCCUGAUGAAUGCGAUACAGGAAGCGAAGGAUUUCGAACAUAUCCACAAGGCACAUUCGAAAUUCCAAUCGAGUAUUUUGGGACUUUGUUUCCUCAUACCGCAGACAAAUGCGGAAACGAACACCACAAAAGUCGAUUUUAAUGGGUCAGUUUACGUCGAUAAUCCAGUGUUGACCAUAUUGAACAAAAUUUUGGCCUGUAUUCAUCUUUUUUGUACGCUUUGCAUGUCGAUCGAGGAUGAGGUCAAUAAUGCGCAGGAAUUUGAGUUCCAGAAACAGGAAGAAGCAUUCGACGAAUUGAUGGACUCACUCUUGAAACUAUUGGUCGGCAUGAGAGUUGGACCGCUUUCCCAGUUACUCUUGAGAUUGGAUUUCAACUAUUGGUUCAGUUUGCGAACGAAAUCUAACAAAAUUCACACUUCUAGCAUCACUGUUUAAAGUUUUUUAACGUUUUUCCGUCACAAUCGUACUAACGUCAUUGGCAUUAUUAAUAAAAAUUUUGUUAUUUUAAA